UCGGCUGUUCCGCUGCGCGCCGCGCCGCCCCCCGCCCAGCUCCGGACCCAAGAUGGCCGCCGUGUCAGUUUGGGUCUUCGCCGCCGUCCGGCCUCAGGCUCCUGGGCUCCGCCUCGCGUAGGCCCCGGCUUACCAUUUUAUUUACUUGUGUACCAGAUUGGGAAUGUAAAGAGCUGGAAUGAGAUGUGCUGAAUUCGUCUCACCUGUAUGAUACACCUGCUGCUUUUUUUGGAGGGGGGCAUUGGAAAAUAUGAAUUGGUUCCUAACAGGAUAUAUAUUUUUAAAUGGAAAAUAGGAAAUCUUAUGUUUGAAAAAGGAAUUUGGGGCAAACAACGUGUAUGCUAUGGUUAACUGGUCCCUAUCCUCCGAUCAUCUGUUUUCCCAUUCUGUGAAACUCCUUCAGUAUAGGGAUAAGGGAUAACGACUCUAUGGAUAUACAGAAGUCUUCAUCAUGGUAAAACUCGCUAACCCGCUGUACACGGAGUGGAUUUUGGAGGCAAUUAAAAAGGUCAAGAAGCAAAAACAGCGCCCUUCAGAAGAGAGGAUAUGCAAUGCUGUGUCUUCGUCCCAUGGUUUGGAUCGAAAAACGGUUCUGGAGCAAUUGGAACUGAGUGUUAAAGAUGGGACCAUAUUAAAGGUUUCCAAUAAGGGACUUAAUUCCUAUAAGGAUCCUGAUAACCCUGGGCGAAUAGCACUUCCCAAACCACGAAACCAUGGAAAGUUGGAUGGUAAACCAAACGUGGACUGGAAUAAACUGAUUAAACGGGCAGUUGAGGGCUUGGCAGAGUCCAGUGGCUCAUCCUUGAAGAACAUUGAACGCUUUUUGAAAGGGCAGAAGGAUGUGUCAGCUCUAUUUGCAAGCAGUGCCCCUUCCACCUUUCACCAGCAAUUGCGAUUGGCUGUCAAGCGGGCAAUUGGCCAUGGGCGACUCCUUAAAGAUGGACCUCUGUACCAACUCAAUACUAAAGCAGCCACAAAUGCAGAUGGGAAAGAGAGCUGUGAAUCUCUUUCUUGUCUUCCUCCAGUAUCUCUCCUUCCACAUGAAAAAGAUAAGCCAGUUGCUGAACCAAUCCCAAUCUGCAGCUUCUGCCUUGGUACAAAAGAACAAAACCGAGAAAAGAAACCUGAAGAGCUCAUUUCUUGUGCUGAUUGCGGCAAUAGUGGUCAUCCAUCCUGCCUGAAGUUCUCCCCAGAGUUAACAGUUCGUGUGAAGGCCUUACGAUGGCAGUGCAUUGAGUGCAAAACAUGCAGUUCCUGUCGAGAUCAAGGCAAGAAUGCUGAUAAUAUGCUAUUUUGUGACUCAUGUGAUCGUGGCUUUCACAUGGAAUGUUGUGACCCCCCUCUGACCAGGAUGCCAAAAGGCAUGUGGAUAUGUCAGAUAUGUCGGCCACGUAAGAAAGGAAGAAAACUUCUACACAAGAAGGCAGCACAGAUAAAGCGGCGUUAUGCCAACCCAAUAGGACGUCCCAAAAACCGAUUAAAGAACCAAAAUGCAACAUCAAAAGCCCCCUUCAGCAAAGUUCAGACGGGACCUGGUCGAGGUCGUAAGCGCAAGACUCCCCUAUCCAGCCAGUCAACUUGUUCGUCAAAAGGGGGCUAUUUGGAGCAAAUCGAGGACCUGGAAUUCUGCAGAGAUGCAAGUACCACCUUGAAAUUCAACAAGAAAACCAAAGGGCUCAUUGAUGGCCUUACCAAAUUCUUCACCCCAUCCCCUGAUGGGCGUAAAGCUCGAGGAGAAGUGGUGGAUUACUCUCAGCAGUAUAGGAUCAGGAGAAAAGACAAUAGGAAAUCAAGCACUUCAGACUGGCCUACAGACAAUCAGGAUGGCUGGGAUGGAAAACAGGAAAAUGAAGAAUGGCUUCUUGGAGGUCCAGAUGUUAUGACUGAGAAAGAUAUGGAGUUGUUCAGAGAUAUUCAGGAGCAAGCACUGCAGAAAGUAGGAGUAACAGGAGCCCCUGAUCCACAAGUCCGCUGUCCAUCAGUCAUCGAGUUUGGGAAAUAUGAAAUCCACACCUGGUAUUCCUCUCCAUACCCACAAGAGUAUUCCAGGCUGCCUAAGCUGUACAUUUGUGAAUUCUGUCUUAAGUAUAUGAAAAGCAGAACUAUCCUUCAGCAACACAUGAAGAAGUGUGGCUGGUUUCAUCCCCCAGCCAAUGAAAUUUACAGGAAGAGCAAUGUUUCAGUCUUUGAGGUGGAUGGCAACGUCAGUACCAUUUACUGCCAGAACCUGUGUCUAUUAGCAAAACUCUUCCUGGAUCACAAGACGCUCUAUUAUGAUGUGGAGCCAUUUCUCUUCUAUGUGCUGACGCAAAAUGACAUGAAGGGUUGCCACCUGGUUGGCUAUUUCUCCAAGGAGAAGCACUGCCAGCAGAAAUACAAUGUUUCCUGCAUAAUGAUUCUUCCCCAGUACCAGCGCAAGGGCUAUGGCAGGUUCCUCAUUGAUUUCAGUUAUCUCCUAUCAAAGCGUGAAGGCCAAGCAGGAUCCCCAGAGAAGCCGCUAUCAGAUUUGGGUCGUCUCUCUUACAUGGCUUAUUGGAAAAGCGUAAUCUUGGAGUGCCUUUAUCACCAAAAUGACAAGCAACUCAGCAUCAAGAAGCUAAGCAAGCUGACUGGCAUCUGCCCUCAAGACAUCACUUCCACCCUGCAUCACCUGCGAAUGUUGGAUUUCCGAAAUGAUCAAUUUGUGAUUGUCCGGCGGGAGAAGCUUAUCCAAGACCACAUGGCAAAGCUGAAACUGAAUCUCCGGCCUGUAGUUGUAGAUCCAGAAUGCCUACGCUGGACUCCUGUCAUUGUCUCAAACUCAGUGGUUUCAGAGGAUGAAGAAGAAGAAGCUGAAGAUGGGGAAAAUGAAGAGCAGCAGCAGCAGCAAAGGGAAAGAGAGGUAGAGGUGAUCAAAUCUGUAUCCUGGGAGAAAAAAGAGAGAGAGUCUUACUUUCCUCUGGAGAGUGAAAAAAAGCCAGACAUUGUUUCUCCAGCCAAUUCUGUGCGGCCAAACAAACAAAGUCUUCCCCUUGCUGGUCUUCCUGCAAACAACCAGAUGCCACGGAGAGGCCGUCGGAAGAACAAACAGCCGCGGGAGUCCUUUGCAGAGAAGGAUUUGAAACUACUUUUAGAGGAGAAGUCAGCCAUGGCCAGGGGAGGUCGCUGUGGGGAGUGUCAGGAAAAGGCGGCGGCGGCGGCGGCUGCAGCUGCGGCCGCUUCCCGAGAGAGAUUUGGGGAGACUGAAGAGAGAACGACUUCCUCCCAGGGACAGUGUGGCAAAUGUGAGGAAAAGUCCCCGGCUCCCCGGGGGCACUUUGGCAAAGAUGAGGAAAAGUCCCCCAUCUCCCAUGGGCAGUAUGGCAAAGGGGAGAAGCCCUCAGUGGCUCAGAGAUACAGUGAAGUGUGGAGAGGGCAGCUGAAGACCCACGAGUCCCUGAAAGGCAGACUCUCCAAGGAGUGCGACCGAAUAUCCCGGCCACACCGUGAGGGUGAGAGGACACUGCCAAGGCAUUUCAGUGAGAGCAGCGAAGAGGAGGGGGAGGAGCCUGUCAGCCCCUGCUCCACUUCCCCACCAGUUCUCACCAAACCCACCUUGAAGCGAAAGAAGCCCAUUCCCCGGAAGAGGCGGGUCCGCAAGCGCAAAUAUCACAACAGCAGUGUUGUGACAGAAACCAUCUCUGAAACGACUGAGGUCCUGGAUGAGCCUUUUGAGGACUCUGAUUCUGAAAGGCCCAUGCCUCAACUGGAGCCCACCUUUGAGAUGGAGGACGAGGAGGAUGAGGAAGAAAGUGAACUGUUCCCAAGAGGAUAUCUUCGUCGCCUCUCUCCCCAAGGCUCCCUCAGGCACAGGCCCUCCUCCAAGAGAGGAUCUCAGGGUGGAGAGGAGUCCGACGAUGCCACUGGCUCUCCUACCUUGAAACCAGUCUCGGUGCUGAGAAAAUGUGAAGCGAAAGAUUCCCCACUCCAGCCAGACACUUCCACCCCCAUGAAGAAGAAGAAGGGCUGGCCCAAGGGCAAAAGCCGCAAGCCCAUCCACUGGAAGAAGAGGCCUGGCCGCAAGCCAGGCUUCAAGCUGAAGAGAGGGAAGGUCUUGGCAGCUGCCACCGAAGAGGCAGCUGACUCCACGGAAGCCACUUUGAAACCAGGUCGCAAACCAAAAGUGCAGGAGAAGGAAGAGCCUGUUGAGCAGAAGGAAGAGCUUCUGCAUGUUGUAGAGGAAAGGAAAGAAGAAGAAGAAGAAGAAGAAGAAGAAGAAGAAGAAGAAGGGCCUCCAGAAGUUGGGGACCUGGGAGAGGAAGAGGAAGGUGCAGCUGCCAGUGAAGCAAGAGGGGCUUCUCCUUUAGGCAGCAGCAGCAGCAGCCCAGCAGCAGAAGUCAAGGAACCUGACGUGGAGGAAGAGGUGGAGAAGCCCCAGAGCCUCGGAGAGCAGAGGCAGUCGGAAGAAGAGCAGCCGGAGAUGGAAGAACCUGAGCGCGAAGAGGAGGAGGAGGAGGAGGAGGAAGUGGCAGCUGUGGCAAACCAGAAUGAAGACCACGAUGCGGAUGAUGAAGAAGACGAUGGGCAGGUGGAGCCUGCCAAGAAGAAUGAACUGGAAGAGCAGGCAGCAACAGAGGGGCUGAAGGAAGAGCCUGACGCUCAGGAGCCUUUUUUAGAAACAAGCACACAGGACAGCAGAGAAGAGGAUGUCAAGAACAAGAGUGAGGGAGAGGCAGAUUCUGAGGAAGAGCAAGCCUCCCAUGAGACAUCGGUGGGAUCAGAUCCCGUUCCUGGUUCCGAAGAUGACCAAGAGGAAGAGCAGCAUGCUAAGGAAGGAUUAAUUGAGCUGAAGGAAGAGGAGCCAAUCCCUCACAGUGAACUGGAUCUUGAAACCGUCCAAGCAGUGCAAUCCUUGACGCAGGAGGAGGAGAACAAUGAGCACGACGUAGCCUACCAGGAUUGCGAGGAGACCCUAGCGGCUUGUCAGAACCUGCAGAGCUACACCCAAGCUGAAGAGGAUCCUCAGAUGUCUAUGGUUGAGGACUGCCAGGCCUCGGAACAUAACAGCCCCAUCUCCUCUGUCCAGUCUCACCCUAGCCAGUCGGUGCGCUCCGUCAGCAGCCCCAGCGUGCCCAGUGCCCUGGAGAGCGGCUACACCCAGAUAAGCCCUGAGCAAGGCUCUCUCUCCGCACCUUCUAUGCAGAACAUGGAGACCAGCCCCAUGAUGGAUGUGCCUUCUGUAUCGGACCAUUCUCAGCAGGUGGUGGACAGUGGCUUCAGCGACCUCGGCAGCAUCGAGAGCACAACAGAGAACUACGAGAACCCCAGCAGCUACGACUCGACCAUGGGUGGCAGCAUCUGCGGUAACAACUCGUCUCAGAGCAGCUGUUCCUAUGGUGGCCUGUCGUCCUCCAGCAGCCUCACCCAGAACAGUUGCGUCGUCACCCAGCAAAUAGCCAGCAUGGGCAACAGCUGCAGCAUGAUGCCUCAGGGCAGCGUCCAGCCCGCCACAAACUGCAAUAUCAAGUCCCCCCAGAGCUGUGUGGUUGAAAGGCCUCCGAGUAACCAGCAGCCAGCGGCACAGCCCCCCCAGCCCCAGCAGCCCCAGCAGCCCCAGCCCCCUCCUCCAGCGCAGCAACAGCAGCCUUCCCUGUCCCAGUGUAGCAUGAACAAUAGCUUCACUCCAGCACCCAUGAUAAUGGAAAUCCCGGAAUCUGGCAGCACGGGCAACAUAAGCAUCUACGAGAGGAUUCCUGGGGAUUUUGGUGCCGGUGGCUACUCCCAGCCAUCGGCCACCUUCAGCCUCGCCAAGCUGCAGCAGCUGACCAACACCAUAAUGGACCCCCAUGCCAUGCCUUACAGUCAUUCCCCCGCUGUGACUUCCUAUGCAACCAGCGUGUCUUUGUCCAACACCGGCCUGGCGCAGCUGGCUCCGUCUCAUCCGUUGGCCGGGACGCCCCAAGCACAAGCCACCAUGACACCCCCUCCCAACUUGGCGUCCACCACCAUGAACCUCACCUCGCCCCUCCUCCAGUGCAACAUGUCCACCACCAACAUUGGCAUCCCCCACACCCAAAGGCUGCAGGGGCAGAUGCCCGUCAAGGGGCACAUCUCCAUCCGCUCCAAGUCGGCACCCCUGCCCUCAGCAGCUGCUCACCAGCAGCAGCUCUAUGGGCGCAGCCCCCCUGCGGUUGCCAUGCAGGCCGGCCCCCGAGCGCUGGCUGUGCAGCGCGGCAUGAACAUGGGGGUGAACCUGAUGCCAACCGCCCCUUACAACGUCAACUCCAUGAAUAUGAAUACCCUGAAUGCUAUGAACAGCUACCGGAUGACCCAGCCCAUGAUGAACAGCAGCUACCAUAGCAACCCUGCCUACAUGAACCAGACAGCCCAGUAUCCUAUGCAGAUGCAAAUGGGAAUGAUGGGGAGCCAGGCCUAUCCCCAGCAGCCUAUGCAGCCAAACCCUCACGGGAACAUGAUGUACACUGGCCCCUCUCAUCACAGCUACAUGAAUGCUGCUGGGGUCCCCAAGCAGUCUCUCAACGGACCCUACAUGAGAAGAUGAGCAAGAUAAACUUGCUGUCUUUAAAGAACUAACUGAAAUCUCUCUAUAAAUAAAGGAACCUUUUAUACUGACAAACCAGAGACAAUGGACCUUUUUCCAGUUAAAUAUUGCUGUAGAUCUUAGAUGGGGUUUUGUUCCCUUUGGGUUUAUUUUAUUUUAUUUUUAGGGGGCCUGGUCUUUAUUCUUUUCACGUUUUGUGGGGUUCUUUUGGUUUGGGUCUUUGUUUUCCCUUCAUGAUCCUGAAACACUUCACAGUUCAAAUCCAUUUUUAAAAUGGGGUUUGGUUUUACUUUUAUUUUUUUCAGGGAGGGAAUUGAAAAUGUGCACAAAACCGUUCUAUAAUUUAACAAAGAGUCUUACUUUGCUGACCAUCUGGGCAGAGUGUUUAAAACUGUCAUAUUAUCUCAUUUUCAGCCGCCAUAUUCUUUCUCCUCCAUUUGUCCCUUGUGCACAGCUCCUAAGAUGGCGCCAUCUCUAAAGGUCAGAUCCUUCCCACCCUCCCCUAGCUUCUCUUUCCUACUUCAGGCCCAACAGCAGGCUUUGAGGUGGUGACUUAAGGAUGGGAUAAUAGAGCCCAAGGCAAACUUUCUGGUCUUCUUCUGCCAUCCCUCCAGAAAUAGGAACUCUGAAUGGUUUAUUCUCCUCUGUCCCCACCUUUCUCUCUCUGAACUAAAAUACAGUUUAAAUGUAACUUCAAAAGUGUGCCCGUUGCCUUCAUCCAAGACUUCUUUGCCCAGCAGCAGCAUCUUGAGAACAAGCUAAGUGCAGCCGGAAAGCAGGGCGCUUGGGAGUGGAGUUAGGGAGAUGGGAUGCUCAGUAAGCCCUGCAGCUGGAAAUCUGGCAUGUGAAUCUUGGACACAACUCUGCUUACGGACUGAGAUUCCGAAGGUUCUUGCACCCCCUUGAAAGUUGGGGCGCACAUUUCAAUGGCUGUCAAGAGCCUGUCACCUUCUUCCCUGGCGGGCCUAUUGCUGGCACUGCUGCCUCUUUGCUCCCCCUGCCCCAAGGCGCACCGUAGGGCUCUAGCAGCUUGCAGAGGGUCACUCUUGGGUGUUCCUUCAGCUGUGUGCGCCUGGGGGGCCAGAGGAGGGAAUGCGAGGGAGACAGGAGGGCAGGGCGAGUCCGUGCAGUGCAAUCCAUCCCCUCAUCCUGGGAAGAGAUGCCAGGCCUGUGGGCACAUCAUCAACUAACGAUAAGGAGGGGGACAUGUAGCUUAUCCUUCUAAUGUAAAGUUCUCUGUAUAUUCCUGUAGAGCUACAGACGCACUUAGAUUGACUUAGAUGUGUAAAGAAUUUUUUUUUUCAAAGAAACCUGAAAGGCAGUUGUGGAGGGGGGGAGGGGGGGUUCAACUGCACUAAAACGGACUUCCUCUAUACUGUUGAGUAUAAAAGCAGAAUCCCAGGGGCUUCCAGCCCUCAUUUUCUCUUAGUUCUUCAGCAUGUGUACAAGGCUGUGUAGGAUCCUUGUCCCUGUAUAUAUCUAUGAAUCCAGGCUCACCUCAUCUGUGUCGAAAGACGUCUCGGGCUGCCCUCUCCUCUCUUCCCUGGUCAUCUGAGCUGGCAUUGCUUCCUGGUUGCGGGGGGGGGGCGUUGUUGGGGUGUCAAAAGCAAAGCUGUUGGCACAAGGGCCAUGUAAUUUUAUUAUUAUUAUUAUUUUUUGUCUGCUGUUAACCUUUUUCGGUUUUGGGUUUUUUGUAUGGUUUUUAAAAAUCAAUUGGGCAGCUCCCUCUUUUCCACAAACCUUUGUGACUGUAGAACUAUUGUAGAGAACCCAAUGUUCUUUUCUAUAUUAUAAAAAAAAAUCUGACACAGUAAUAUUGGUACCUGUCAUCCCCCCCACUUCUGUUUAAGAAAUAAUAAUGAUAAUAAUGAUAAUGAUAAUAAUAAUAAUAAUGUAUUUUUAGCAAAAUAAACUUGGUAAUCUUCUAAAAGAAAUUUAAAAAAAACUCACUGUUAGUGACUUUGAUGCCUUUUAAAAAAAAGAGCUUUUUCAUUUCAUUCCAUCUUUAAAAUUUUUUAUCUUUGUUGUAGAAUAUUAAAGACUAUUUUAAGAAAGAUGAAAAUUCUCUUUAAAGAGAUCUCUAGAGUGUGUAACUAGAGUUCCAGAUGCCUCUAAAGCCGCAUGUACAAAAUGAAGCCGCGUCUAUUCCUGUCUGUUUAUAUUUGCUUUUCCUGUUUUGUAACUUCUUUGUACUUCGUUCUUGGUGACUUGUAAGCUUAAAAAGGGGAAGGGGUGCCUGGAUGAUAAACCCUUUGUAAUUCUCCAUGUCAUGCGCUCCUGGGCCGGCCGGCCUCCCUUCCUCUCCUUGUAUGUAAUAUCACUUUUUCCCUCCCCCCUUUCUAGCAAGUACUUUCAAAAGAACUCUGUACAUUUUAACAUAAAAAAAUAAAUUAUGUUGAGCCAUUUUG